AUGGCGGUCUCCCUUCCCCCGCAUUAUCAGGCAGUGGUCGAUGAGACUAAAUGCACUUACAAACAGCUUGGCAAGUGCGGCUUGAAGGUGUCAGUCCCAAUUUUGGGGUGUAUGGGGUUUGGAAACAAGGAAUGGGUGUGGGAUUGGGUCUUAGAGGAGGAAGAGUCGAUGAAAAUGCUCAAGGCGGCAUGGGACCGGGGCGUGAACACAUGGGACACAGCAAAUGUGUUCUCAAAUGGUGAUAGCGAGCGGAUCAUCGGAAAAACCCUAAAAAAAUAUCAAAUACCUCGGCACAAGGUAGUCCUUAUCACGAAGGUGUUUUGCACCGUUGGAGAGCAGCGGGAUAAUGCUAUGGCAUAUGCAGAGCCUCUGAGAGGAGCGAAGGAUUAUGUUAACCAAUCAGGGCUGUCGCGCCAGUCGAUAUUCAACAAUGUCAAUGCCUCGCUUGAACGUUUACAAACGGAUUACAUUGAUCUGCUCUUAAUUCAUCGCUCAGACGACCGCGUAUCCUACGAGGAGACUAUGGAAGCUUUGCAUGACCUUGUUCGCGCUGGAAAGGUGCGUUACAUCGGUAGUAGUUCAAUGUGGGCGUACCAGUUUGCUCGUAUGCAAUUCUGCGCAGAACGCAAUGGUUGGACGAAAUUUGUCUGCAUGCAAAAUCACUAUAGUUUGCUGUAUCGUGAGGAAGAGCGGGAAAUGAACCGGUUUUGCAACGAGACUGGAGUGGGUAUCAUUCCUUGGUCACCACUCUGUCGUGGUUUCCUUGGGCGAAGGUUGAAAGAUAGCCUCGAAGGGGGAACGGCGCGCGCGAAAGAUGAAAUACUGAAUGGUUCACGGUAUGUUGGUAUUCGCGAGGAUCCUGAUCAGAAGAUUAUUAAGCGGGUGGAGGAGCUGGCUGAUAAGAAAGGGUGGACCAUGGUGGAUGUCGCCCUGGCUUGGCUGAAUAAAAGGGUCGCCAGCCCAGUCGUGGGAAUGACGACGGAAAAGAUGUUGGAUGAGUGCAUUGCGGUGCGUGGGAAGAUCUUGACGGAAGAAGAGGAGAAGUAUCUGGAGGAACCGUACCAGCCAAGAGAAGUGUCUGGGCAUAGAUAA